UCCAAAUGUUCUGAGAUGAGGAGAAGAGUGGAUGAAGCUGUUGGGUUGGGACAGGCUAAAGAGAAAUCAAUAAAAGGCAAAGCUGGGGAAGUGCAAGUGUGGUCUUUAUGGAGACUGUGGCUGAAAUGGACGUUACUAGCCCUCUGUGUCCUAUAUGUGGUCACACCAUUUCUGCUGAGGCUGUUUCCUGGCAUUGUACAGCACCUGGUUUAUUCACAUGGCAUACUGUACUUUGUUGACCUGAGCCGUCCUGCUGACCUCGGUCUAAACCACACCGCUAACAUGUACCUGACCCCAGAAGAGGGGGUGACACUAGGCGUGUGGCACACUGUCCCUGAGAAAAAGUGGAAGGAGGCCCAAGGGAAAGGGCUGGACUGGUACGAGAAGUCUUUGGGUGAUGGAUCGCCUGUUUUCAUCUAUCUUCAUGGCAACACAAAUAACAGAGCAACCCCACAUCGAAUAGCAACUGCCAAUGUGAGUAGCUCCACUUUAUUCACUCUCAGAAAUCUAAACAAUGUGACCAAAAACACCCCAGUGACAGUGUUUUGGAUGUUGCAGGUCAUCAGUUCUCUUGGCUAUCAUGCAGUGGUUAUGGAUUACCGGGGUAUGUUAAAACAAAUAACAAUCGAAAUGGUGGUCUAUGAGCUGGAAAUGGUUCCUUGUCAAAUCCAAAAUCUUUUAGGAUUUGGAGACUCGACUGGUGAGCCCACAGGAUCUAGACUGAUCAUUGAUGCCCUCUACCUGUACCACUGGGUAAGGGAACGUAGUAAGGGCAGUCCACUGGUCAUAUGGGGUCACUCAAUAGGCACAGUAGUAACAACUAACCUUGCAGUGAAACUACAAGAGCAAGGAAACCCUGCUGAUGGAGUGAUACUUGAAGGUGCAUUUACACAUACAUUACAAAAGAGAUACGCCCAUCCUUUUGCAUGGUAUUACUGGAAGUUUCCUUACAUUCAGUACUAUUUCCUGAGCUUACCCAAAGAAAAGAAAGCCCCCGUGCCAAAUGACGAGAACUUGAAGAAAAUGAGGACGCCUCUUCUGAUGCUUCAUGCUGAAGAUGACCAAGUGGCACCAUUUAAAAUGGCUCAGGAGCUUUACAGCAUAGCCAGAGAAGCCCUGAAGUCAGACAAACGAAUCAAACUGGUGUCGUUUGAAAGAUCUCUUAGAUAUGGUCAUGAUGAAGUCUACAGAGACCCUGCUUUACCAGGCAUCGUAAGGGAGUUUGUGCAGACACUGGCAGCAUAACUACGUGGUGCAAAGGAAGGGUGUCUGGGACCAGAUCAUGGCCUUCAACAUUACUGUCACAUAUUCUAAUCCAUGACACAUUCUACUGUGGAGAUCAUAGGUAGUAGAUAUAAUAGACUUCAUCAUCCACUACACUGUAAUUCCUUCAUAGUCUGCAGGACAGUAAAUGAGUUCUGUCAUGUCUAGUAACUUCUAAUAUAAGAUGUAAUGCACUUUUUAGUUACGAUAGAAUCAAGCUUUUUCAUUUUUAAAUGAUUUUUAGUUAUUCUACUUCUUACACUGGAUUGUUGAAUGGGCACUUCAUAAGCACGGCAAAUAUAUGAACAGAUAAAAUAAAGGAAAAGUUUUAAAGUAA